AUGGGCCCCGGUUCCGUCCUAGCGGUACUUUUUAGGACAACGUGCGUGUCACCUGGAGGGAAAAACCCCGGCGUUGCCGGCCUUCGAGAUCCUCCCGUACUCAUCGCAUGCCCAGACGAGCAAAAGAAGAUUCUGGUGUUGCUGAAUCCGAAGUCAGGCCCAGGAAGGGGUCGGGAAAUGUUCCAAAAGAGAAUCCAUCCAAUACUGUCGGAAGCAGAGAGACCAUACGAAGUGCACAUCACCAAAUGUCCCAAUUAUGCACGCGAGUUUGUGCGUACGAGGGACAUUUAUCAAUGGAGCGGUUUGCUGAUGGUCGGAGGAGACGGUAUCGUUUUCGAGGUGGUGAAUGGACUCUUUCAAAGGACAGAUUGGGAAAAGGCUCUGAAGGAAAUGCCUCUUGGCAUAAUACCAUGCGGUUCUGGCAAUGGCUUGGCAAAAUCCAUCGCGUACGCUAAACAGGAGCCAUACGAUUACAACCCACUUCUUGUUAGCGCUUUAUCCGUCGUAAAAUUCAAAAAAGCGCGUAUGGAUCUGGUGCGUGUGGAAACGAGGAAUCAAAUCCUAUUUUCAUUUCUGUCCGUCGGCUGGGGUUUGCUGGCCGAUAUUGACAUUGAAAGUGAACGUUUACGAGCGAUUGGUGGUCAAAGAUUCACUGUGUGGACAAUCGCCCGGCUGAUAGGCUUAAGAACAUACAGAGGCAAAGUAUCUUAUUUGCCCUGCGAUAGAGUACCAUCUGUUGAAAAUUUAGGUAAUGGUAAGGCUUACAGCGAGUACACGAAAGAGUCGCAGUUAUCACACUCCAGGAGCUGUGGUGAUGAUUUAGACCGUUACAGCAAAAUUAGUGAAUCGAAGAGUUUUCACGACGCUCUGGAUGGGAAUACCUCUAUAUUGAAUGACUCUUUCGAAGGCUACGAUGAUAACGAAAUAAUAAGCGAAAGUCUGACUCUUGAGACAGAAACAGAAAGAAGACAAAGGCUCGACAGUUUCUAUUCUACAACCUCUGCGAAAUCGACUUACUUUAGCACAGGUUCAGUUUCUAGUUAUCACAGUAUCGAUGAACCUGAUAACGGAGAAGUUGGUAAGUUUUUUUAUAACGUACUAAUGGAUUAUAAUUAGGACUGGAUUAACUAUUAAGCAACAUAAGCAUGCAAGAAAGGAAGUAUCAUAGAAGAUUUUAUUAUCAUUUUUCAAACUUUCCAGAAUUCACCUUUUCAAUCUUUUGAAGUUCUAAAGCCUCGAAUUUUCAAGUGUCUGUAGUUCUAAAGUCUCAAAUUUUCAAACUUCAGAAUUUCUAAAGUCACUUUCUAAGCUAAAAUUACAACAACCUAAGUUUCUAAGCUUCUAAAAUUCCAAGGACCCAAAGUUUUAAAAUUUCAACGCUCCAU